AUGACGAAAGCCUAUGACCGAAUUGAAUGGUCAUUUUUGCGAUCCGUGAUGGAAAAGAUGGGGUUUCCACAAAAUUGGGUUUUUUCAGCUUUGGUUGAAACAGCUGUCUUGUCUGCAAACCUGAGUGGUAUCCGUGUUGCCAGAGCGACACCUGCUAUAUCUCAUUUACUCUUUGCAGACGAUAGUAUUGUGUUUGCUAGGGCAAAUGUGGAUGAGGCAAGAACUUUACAGGCUAUUGUAGCUACGUACGAGCGAGCUUCCAGACAAGUUAUCAACCUAGAUAAGUCCAUGCUCUCAGUAAGCCGAAAUGUGACUGAUAAUAUAUUUGAUGAGCUAAAACAGCUAUUGAAUGUUAAGGCGGUCGAGAGCUAUGACAAAUAUCUGGGGUUGCCAACUGUUAUUGAUGGUAUUUGUGCAGAGAUAGACAGCAUGAUAUCCAGGUUUUUCUGGAGUGGUGAUGUUACCAGGCGUGGUUUACACUGGACGGGGUGGAAAAACCUUUGCAGGAAUAAAGCUGAUGGUGGCCUAAGUUUCAGAGAUUUUAAUGGUGUGUAUUUCCCGAGGGGAUCGAUUUUGGGAGCCAAAAAAGGGUAUAGGCCAAGUUAUGCUUGGUCUAGUAUAUUGAAAGCUAGUUGGAUUUUUGAGAGAGGUGGGCUUUGGCGUAUAGGAGAUGGUUCAAAGAUUGGAUUGAGAAGGGACGUGGUGGAGGAAUUUUUCCAUCCUACAACACCAGCUUAUAUUCUAACUCUUCCAUUGGGGGCGCACGGUGGUGAUGAUGUCCUUGCAUGGCCUCACACCACGACAGGGCAGUAUACAUCUAAGACGGGUUAUAAUUAUGUGUGCGGCUUGUUAGCCUUGGAGGUGGCUACGUCCUCUUCCACAACGGGUUCGACGUUGCAGCCCAAGCUUUGGCGGAAAUUUUGGGCAACCAAUGCAUUACCGAGGUGUAAGGAGACCGCUUGGCGAGCUAUCCGUGGCUUUCUUCCGGUUCGCGACCAGCUCUUCCACCGUCAUGUAGAUACGGAUCCGGGGUGUUCCCUUUGCGGACACGAGCGAGAGACCAUUGAUCAUAUCUUUUUGAGAUGUCCGGCGGCCAUGGCAAUUUGGUAUGCGUCCCCACUCUCCUUUAGAGUUGAACAUUUUGCAUCUUUCCAGGUUUUUUGGCACAUUACUCUCCAGCAGCAUGAAUCCGAGGUGGUGGAGAUGUGUCAGUCUUUGGUGUACAACAUUUGGGAUGUGAGGAAUAGGGUGAUUUUUCGGAGUGGGAGAUUGGUUGUUGGGGAUGUUAUUGAUCGGGCCUUGGGGCUAUUGGUACCAAUUUCUCCGGCGGUGCGUGAGGAGCGGGGAGGGACCAAAGCGUGUGGAGGAGGCCACAGGGAAGGCGGGAUUGGGGAUGGUUGCCCGCAACCGUCUUGGGGAGAUCAUGGUUGUUGCGACCUCCCAUCUGGUCCCAGUUCUUUCGUCUCUGUUGGCAAAAGCGAGCGGGUUGAGGUGGACUUUACGGCUGGCAAGAAAGCUUGGUUUUCGUCGUGUCUGUUUAGAGACGGAUUGUCUUCAGUUAUAUCAGUGGUGGCAGAACGGUACAGUGGGAGAUCUUACUUGGACACCAUCAUUGGAGAUUGUCGUUCUUUAGUUCCGUUUUUUGAUGUUUUUUCUUUGUCGUUUGUUAGACGUUCUGGUAAUUCAGUUGCAGACUUUCUGGCUAAGAACGCUUCCACUUAUGCGGAUUGUGUAUGGGUGGAAGAGGCUCCUGAUGCCGUUUCUGGUUUGGUUGAUUUGGAUGUAAUUGCUUCUAGGCCGGUUGGCCCUUAA